AUGGCACUAUUGCAAACUCAAAAAAGAGCCGUGGAACUCGCUCGUGGCAACCUCUUCAACGUCUUUGGCAAUUACGACGCUGCUUCGCGUCGAGAAGCAAUCAAAUCAGUCUAUCACGAAGAUGGCAUUAUAUACGAACCGUAUGGCGUGAUAAUCCAAGGCCACGAUGCCAUCGAUAAACGCGUCCAGGAGAUACUCGAGCAGAACGUCGACUGGGAAUUCAAGACCGUGGGGCCGGUGAAGCAAAUGCAGAAUCUCGUGCUUAUCGCAUGGACGUUUGGAUCAAAGGGAGAAGUUGCUCUUGAAGGAACGGAUUUAUCAUUGUGGAGAAUGGGAAGAUUAAGGUCCUCCAUGGACUGCUUGGGGAUCAGGCUGAUGUCAGACUGUAGAUCUGUGUGA